AUGCUUAAAAGAUCAUUCGAGUCUGAGACACAAUUAAAAGCACCAGAUAAUUUAAGACUAUGCCUCACUAGACAUUCCUUUCAGGAUUCUGAAUGCGUAUCUUACGCUACUGUAUUACCAUCUUUGAAGAAGAAGCAUAGAUAUUACUUGUUUGGCACAAGUGAUGUUUUCACAAUUGAUCAUCUUAGUGAAGAUUCUAUAAAGCUACAAAAAAAUACGCGAGCAGUAAGAGCCGCACACUGUUUAAAGGCAAUAUCUACUAAAAGAGGUUUCAUUGUGAUAAAUAAAAAAGAUAAUUGCAUAUCUCUCUAUGCUGAAGAGAAUGAAGAUCUAAGGCUAACCUCUAACAAACUGUGUUUUAGCAGUGACAAAAAUAUACCUGAAGGGAUGCAUUGGAUGCUGAAAACUAUUGAUGAAAAUAGCUUUCUAUAUGCAUAUGACAAGCACAUUAUAAGAAUAUGCAAAAGCUUUCCAUAUUUUAAGCAAGAAGAUUUUAUUGAUACAUGUCCAAUUGUCUAUCGUUUAGGAUUUAAUUCAGAAAUACUCCAUUUUGAAGUAGUUGCAGGCAAAACGUUGGUUAUCUUAUUCAGAUCUACUACAACAGGUUAUUUUGGAAUUGAGUAUCUGUCUCUCAAAAACGGAAUCAGUGAUUGUAAUUCAGUUAAGAAAUACAUCCUAGGACAAAUGGAAGAUACGACUAAAUUACGGAUAAGGAAGGUUUACAAAGAUCAUUUAUUGUGUCUUGAUUGUAAUUACAUCUGGAUAUGUAAGGUUGGUCGGGCACCAAAACGAUUUAAUCUUAAUCUUCCAACUGACAUUGGAAAAAUUAUUCAGGAGUAUGAGGUCGAAAACCCUCCUAAAUCCAAAAUACUUUUAAAACUAUCGUUUUUCACUUCAUUUGGGUAUCUAGUUGUGAUAAAUGUAAAUACUGAAAUCCCAAAAUCUAAACACACUUUGAACAAGGAGAUAAUACGAACCGCAAUUGCUGUAGAUCAUUUGAAGGAUGGAGUGGAGAUUAGGUACAUACGGAAAAUUAAUAAAAGAAUAGAUCUUUGCGUAUUUUCCAACGGACAGUGCUCCACAUAUUCGCGUAAAACAGAUAAACACACCCUACACCGAGUUGUUGAAAGCAAUAAAAUGUAUCUAGAUUCACAUGCUAUUGAUUAUGGUGGGUCAGACUUUGACUCAAUAAUUUCUUGUGGCUUUUCUUCAAAAGAUUGCGGGUUUAUUGAAAAGAGAACAUGCCGUUGGGAAGGCCAUGAAUUUACUAUUUUGAACUCGUAUAAACUUCCCCAUGAACCGAUACUAGAGAUGCAAGUAUCCCGUGAUUAUCGGAUAACCUAUAAAUUUGAAAAUGCGAAGUAUGAGGUACCGACACGAAUUGAUGACCCCAACACAAUUGCACAAAUUUCCUCAGAGUUAGAAAUUACAACUACUGAACAGGUAAACGAAUUGUACGACCUUUUUAGCAUUGAUAGAACCUCGUCGGGUAGAAAAAUUGUUUCCAUUUCAAAAAUAGCAACUCCCAGAGGAGAAUCUGGUUGUCAGCCUCCCUCUUCUUCCUAUGUUUUUCUUUUAAUAAAUACAAAAAUGUCUACUGGAGAUUGUAACAAUAUUAUUGGAAUUGAAAAUAAUGAAAGGAAUGGACUGCCAACGAUUCUUUGGAAUGUAUCAAUUGCUGGAUUAGACACAAUGUCGCUGGUUGGAGCAGCACAACGAAGAAGUGGCAGUAAAGUCAAAUACUUUACUUAUUUAUAUCAUGAUGAUCAAAUCACUCUAUUUCAUGAUAAUGUGAAAGAAUACGUGUUGGAACUUCCGACAAGUGCCUGUGUAACGAAACUUCUGGUGCUAACUAAUCAUGAUUCUGAGCUGAAUACGGAUGUGGUUUUUGUGGUUUUGUUGUUUUCUGAUGGAUGUAUCCAAAUUUAUUCUGAAGACUUAAGAGAAUCAUUUUUAAAGAUACAAUUAAAUGACGCAAGUCCUAUUCAGUUCUUGGGACGUGGUAUUGAAGUAUUUGAUUAUUGCCUACUCUUUAAUAGAGAGACCAUUGUACUGUUGAAUUUGCACACUUUUGAGUAUAGUACCUUUUCUCUUGGCUUAAACAUUCGUUCCAUUGUUAAGUUUGGCAAAGUUAUUGAAGAAUUAAAAUUUGUCAUUUUGGAUAAUAGUUCGAACAUUUACGAAAUAGAACUUCCGCCUAUUGAUAGGAAAGUGCACGUCAAAAUUGUUCCUCAAACUUCUAAAUUACCCCUCAAAAUGUCGCUGUUACAUAGUUCUCAUAGUCUUUCCAUAAUUCUCUCGAAGACACCAAAGCGAUACGUGCUUCAACUUUUCAAUUAUUCCACCAUGAAGACUAUUCAUCAAUUUCAAUUAUGUCGUUGGGAUUCUCAAACAAAUUCUCAUACUAUUUUAAAGCCUUUUUGUGAGAAGACCUCAACUUCAUCUCAUUGGAAAGGAUUUGCAUUACGUCAGGUGUUUAUCUUGUUUUACAUUAAGAGUAAUUCUUCCCCCAUUUUCAAUCUUGUUCGAGUCAGAGAUAACAAAUUAAACAUUCUACAAAGUGGCAAAUUGGGUGGUCUUGUCACGUCGAUCGCCGUAGAUCCUAGCAUGUCGCAUGUUUUCUUCCUUGGUGAUAUAGAGGAAAAAUUUGAAAUUGUAUUUGAUCGUACUGACGGUAACCCACAAUUACGACUUAUAAGUACAGUUCGGAAUAAAGAUGGGUUCAUAUCUGGUGCGUUCUUCAAAGACGACAAACUUAUCAGAGUGCAUCCAUUUUUUGAAUUUCAUAAAGGGAAGAGGGAUACUGAAAUACAAGAUGAACAAGACAAAUGGGAAGCGACAAUUAGUAAUAUCUGUUAUGAUUAUUUUGGGGUAACCAACAUCGUUACCAAGUUUGUUCCUAAUGAUAUAUUUUCAAAAAAUGAUAUGCAGCUCACUGGAAACAGAGUACGAGAACUAGAUAUCUUUAGAAAUUUAACAAGGAAAGGUGUCCAUUAUGGAGGUCGUUUGUACCGAGCCAUGUCAGAUGCGGAAAAUAUUCUUUAUUUAUUUGCAGAGAAUACCGAAGUGGAAGGUUCAAACAACGGAAUUAUCUCCCCCUUCGUUAAACACAAGAUACCAGGUUUGGUUCUUAAUAUAUCAUCAGUAGGUCCUACUUUUGAAAAUAUGCAAAAGAUUAACGGAUCCAGAGGAGGAAGAUCAAGGUCACAUGUUCCAUUAUUCAUUGUGUCAUGCGCUGAUGGUUUAGUGUAUAUUAUAUCGGUAUGCACGGAUCGAUAUAUGAUUAAGAAAUAUGAGGAAUCAAGUAAAAAAGGGCGUUCAUUGCAAAUACCCAAUACAGAGUCUAUUUUCAUUGAAAAUACAUUCCCCUCGGGUGACAUGAGAGAUACACGGAUCGGGUUUUUUGAUGGAGAUGAUUAUGAAUCACAUCACUAA